GAGCACACGCCGGCUGGAGGGGACGGCGAGCGGGCGGGGAGGCGGCAGGCAGCGCCGCGCCGCGCUGAGCCGAGCCGAACCGAGCGAAGGAGGGACGCGCCGGGCACGGCCGCCACCAGCCCUCCCCAAUCCUCCGUCAUCCUUUCCGCCGCGGCCGCCUGGCCCCCUGACAGCCGGCGGAGCAGCAACCCCACACAGCCCCCUUCCCGUCAGGCACAGCUGAACCAUGGAGCUUCGAGUGGGGAACAAGUACCGGCUGGGCAGAAAGAUUGGCAGUGGUUCGUUUGGAGACAUUUAUCUAGGAGCCAACAUUGCAACUGGUGAAGAGGUGGCCAUAAAACUGGAAUGUGUCAAAACCAAGCAUCCCCAGCUCCACAUUGAAAGCAAGUUCUACAAGAUGAUGCAGGGAGGAGUGGGUAUCCCCUCCAUUAAGUGGUGUGGAGCAGAGGGGGACUAUAAUGUGAUGGUGAUGGAGCUCUUGGGGCCCAGCCUGGAAGAUCUCUUCAACUUCUGUUCCCGCAAAUUUAGUCUCAAGACAGUUCUGCUUCUGGCAGACCAGAUGAUCAGCCGUAUUGAGUACAUUCAUUCCAAAAACUUCAUCCACCGGGAUGUGAAGCCAGACAACUUCCUUAUGGGCCUUGGCAAAAAAGGCAAUCUAGUAUACAUCAUUGAUUUUGGUUUGGCCAAGAAGUACCGAGAUGCCCGGACCCACCAGCACAUCCCUUACCGGGAAAACAAGAAUCUGACUGGCACUGCCCGUUAUGCCUCUAUCAACACACACCUGGGAAUCGAACAAAGUCGUCGUGAUGACCUGGAGAGCCUGGGCUAUGUGCUUAUGUAUUUCAACCUGGGCUCACUGCCCUGGCAGGGCCUCAAGGCUGCCACCAAGCGCCAAAAGUACGAGAGGAUCAGCGAGAAAAAGAUGUCAACACCCAUUGAGGUGCUCUGCAAAGGGUAUCCUUCUGAGUUCUCUACAUACCUCAACUUCUGCCGCUCACUGAGGUUUGAUGACAAACCUGACUACUCCUACCUGCGGCAGCUCUUCCGCAACCUGUUCCACCGCCAAGGCUUCUCCUAUGACUACGUCUUUGACUGGAACAUGCUUAAAUUUGGAGCAGCCCGGAACCCUGAGGAUAUGGAUCGGGAGCGGCGAGAGCACGAGCGAGAAGAGAGGAUGGGUCAGCUCCGGGGCUCAGCUACGCGAGCGCUGCCACCCGGCCCUCCUGCGGGAGCCACUGCCAACCGCAUUCGCAAUGUCACUGAGCCCAUGGCCUCCACCCCCACCUCCCGAAUCCAGCAGUCCGGAAACACAUCCCCCAGAGCAAUCUCAAGAGUGGACAGGGAGCGGAAGGUCAGCAUGAGGUUACACCGAGGAGCUCCUGCAAACGUCUCCUCAUCUGACCUCACAGGGCGACAAGAAGUGUCACGGAUUUCAGCAUCACAGACAAGUGUGCCAUUUGAUCAGCUUGGGAAGUGAGGAGAAAUUGCCACUGGACCAGUGUUUGCUUAGUGUCUUCACUGUAUUUUUCUUUUAAAAAACAAAAAACCCCAAAAAAACCAAACACAAAAAAACCAACAACAACAACAACAAACCCCGACAGAACUUCUUUUUGCCAACGAUGAGGAGCUGAGCUGUGUCCCUGCACUGGCGUGGGCUGUUUCCAAGAGGGGAUGAGCUGUGUCCCCCAGUGUGAGCACCUCCGAGAAGAGAAGCUGACAACGUGGGAGCUGUGCAAGAACACCUCCACUGCCCGCCCAGCCCUGCCCUGGCCUUUCUGCCACCCCCAGCUCCCUCGCCUGACUCUGCUCCUGGUUUUGGUUUCUCUCUUCUUUUUCUUCUCCUUCAUCUUGGCUAUUUUCUCCUGGUUUUAUUUUAUUUUAAACUUUUCAAAUCAUAUGGUUUUUAGCCAUAUAAAUAUUAACUUUGCUCUCCUUUUUUUCUGAGGGCAGGGGAUGGUGGGGGGGGUUGGUUUUUUGUUUGUUUUUCAGGAGCCUUGUGGGGCAGGAGGGAAUCAGAUUCCAGCCACACUUGACAUGACAGAAGGCUGACUUUUAUUAUUAUAACAAAACUUAUUUUCUCAAGCAUCAAAUGAAUUUUAAGCUGUGAGGGGAAUUGUGGCAACGGCCUAAUCAGUGACUUGGGCUUCCUUUCCUUGGGUGGCUUCUCUGCAAUUCUUUUUUUUUUUUUUCUUUUUUUUUUCUUUUUUUUUUUUUUUGGCUGUCGGGACAAGUGCCAGAUUUCACUAGUCUGAGAGUGUUCCUCACAUACUGAGGGUUCUCUGUGGAGAGGCACCUGGUCUCAUGGAGGAUGGGAAAGGCUGGAGCUGAAAUAACAGGGAGAUGUGAACCCAUUUCCCAUCCAUGCAGUGGGGUGGUCUUUUCGUCUGGCUGUGCGUGUUUUUCUAUUUUAAUUUUUUUUUUUAAUUGUUUUAAUUCCUGCGGAGAGAGUGUGGGACUUGAGGAGAAGAGAGGGGCACACAGGCUGGAGUCUAGUGUUCUUUCAGAGCGAUGGCUCUUGCUCUCUCCUUCCCUCAUGCAACCCUGAGUAAGAUCCACCGUACGUGCACAAUCCCUUCCUGCCCUCUCCCACCUGUCUCCCUCCCCUCCCUCUUUCCUCCCCCCCCCCCCUUUAGUUGUUUUAAAAUAUAAUUUAGGAAUACUCAAGCUGCUUUGUGGCACUUGAGGCUUUGAAACA